ACAAUGUGAGCAUUUCGCAAUGGUCUUAGAAGACGCGUACAAUAGAAUUUUAAGCAGAUUGCGUAACUAAUUUGAUGUUUGAAUUUUGAAAACAUUCACAUCUCGUUUUUGCACGACAAUGGACAGAAGAACGUCUUAUAUUUUGUUCGUGGCACUUUUUUGUUGUACUGUUGGCGGUCAAGAGACGCCAUUCGAAUUACCGGUACAAUUAGUUGGAUUCCCUUUUAUCGUGACCAGUGUUAAGUUGACGAAUUUCUUGAAGAAGCUGUCAUAUUCUUUAAGUCCAGCGACAUACCGGUCUCGGAGUCGCCGUGAGUUGUUGCUAACGGACCCAGCCGAGCCCUUCGAUGUGGUAGAAGUGGAGAAAUACAUAGUGGGCGAGUUCGGUGCCAAAGCUUGCGUGUUCGAACGUGUAUGCGCGCACUAUGCGACCAGGGCGCGAACGCAACCGCGGCCUCAGCUUGACUGGCCAGAUGUUUUCAGUCAAUACAAGCGCUCUCCGGAUCAAGCCAAAGAAUAUUAUUUGCUGAGCGUGUUCCUAGGAGACAUCGUGGGCUCACCUACAUUAUGCCAUCAGCUUGGUAAGCGAAUGAACUGCGACACCCAACAGUUCGGAAUAUAAGCGUGCUCAUUGUGUUUAGCAUUAAGAUAACGUUUCGAUGUUAAGAUAUAAAUAAUUGUGUUCGCAAGAUUCCAUCCGCAUUUUUUAAUGGAUACUACGUAGAAAUUGUUAUUCGUCUUGUAUUUACUUGAAGUGGUUUGAAAGAAUUUGAUUUGAGUGAAUUUAAUUUGAGCAGUAAUGCGUUUCGGUUUGAAGGGUAGGGUAGCCGUUGUAACUAUACUGAGACCUUAGAACUUAUAUCUCAAGGUAG